GUGAGUCUUGUGGGCGAAAUUGAAAUAAACGUUUGAACAUCUCUGUGAUUGUUUGCUAACUCUUUCAAGGAGAUUGCUUUAUGCGGUGUAUUUCUAAGUCGUGGCUCAUUAGAAGUUUCAGAUACAGAUGGGGGACCGUGUUGAACUACAGAUUACUCCAGAGACUCCAGGCAGACCCUCCAUUAGAAACCCCUUUGAAAGUCCCAAUGAUUACCACCAACUCCGGGAGCCACUGGUGCCAAGCCCAUCUGUCUUCAAGUCCAACCCUUGUAAAUCAACUCCACCCAAGUUUAACUGGUCUAUUGAUGAAAUGGCCAGUCUUCUCCCAGUAGACAUAGACCCAGAGGAAAUUCAGCGGCAGUCUUUUUACCUCAGCCAGACAAAUUCGGAUUCUGACAUUGAGGAAAAACGUCAGAAUGCUAUUGAGCAGUUUUUCACGAAAGGUGCCAUUGUGCCUUCCCCCUGGGCAGAACCAGAUUCCCACAAAGCCCCUAAGAUCAAUAAGAAAAGUUCUAUGUCUUCAGUUAUUGCUGAGGAGCCAGAAAACAUCUCAGUUGCUUGUCAGACUACUCUUUCAUUACCUUUGGCUUUUGAUUUGGAGAAAGUACUAGGGGAAUAUUACCGCUACGAGGAGGCGUCUGAUUCUGUGCAGGAGAGUCUUAGUUCAUCCUCCUUAAGACGAAAACUCUUUCUCGAUGGCCAGGGCAGUUACAGUGGCUCUGACGGCUCCAGCCCGCCAAGCCCAGAGAGAAGCCAUGCCAGGCAGGAGAGGCCUUCUCUAACUCCAGGGGAGACUGCUGUAGGAGGAGCUGAAGGUUCCGAGGGAGAAGCUAUACUGUCUAUCUUUUCCUCCCCUGUAGCUUGUGGUAUAUUGGCUCCAACUCCUUCUACAGGUCAGUUGUCAUCCAGCCCCAUUCAGCAUAGCUGUUUACGGGACUGCAGCCUCGGCAGCAUCACCAGUCCUCUGUUCCCUGAUAGGUCAUCUCCUGCUGGCCUUGUCUCCCCUACAGUCUCUCCUAUUGUUGCACAUGCAGCGCACACACCCAUAAGCUCAGCUGAGAGAAGGCAGCCGAGCAAUUUGACUCCACAUGGUGUUUCCUUGGACGUAGAUGUCACUUCGUGCAAUGCGAGUCCAUUUGUCGAGGGCUGUUCUCCCAUUCGUAGCUGCUCCCCACACCAGCUCCAUUACCAUAAUGAGUCCCAGCACAAUGUCAGGCCCAGACCUAGGCCCAGAGUUCGCUUUUGGGCCUCCCCUCCCCAUAUCUCAUCCAUCCUCAAUCCUAAACUCCAAGACAAUGAGGAGGCUGAGGACCAAUUCUCCUGCUCCUCCUCCACUUCUUCUCCCCCCUCUAUGGAGCUCGACCAGUCUUCACCCCUGGCCCAGGAUGCUCUCCCUGCUGACACUGGGAGUCUUGGCCUGGAUCCUAUGGAACCUAUCAAAAUGGAGGAGGGCAAGGAGAUAAGGGUGCAGGGUGAAGAAGAGGAAGGUGGAGGGCCUUCGGAACAGCUGACCAGCUCUCGUAUGGGCAUCUCAGCAACAGAAGGCUCUCAGAUGUUUGUAUCCCUUCUGGCAGAGGGAAGCAGUAUACGCUGCGAUUCCAGCAUGCAGGUGGACAGUGGGUACAGCACUACCUCAGCAGGCACUGCCAGUCUUAUAGAUGGCCUCAGCUCGGAGUAUCACAACAGAGAGUCCUUCAGUUCAAACCUGCUAGAGGAAGCUUUCCAACUCAGUAGGCACACAAAAGUAAAGGUAUUCUAUCCUCACCCCUGAGACAUCUGAUAAAUGCAUUUGCAUUCUUCCAGUGGAAGCUUAAGGUGAUUAUUUUGUAAUCAAAUAUAACAAAGUUUACACUAUGUUGGAAGCCUUUAUGUUGAAUUUACUUGAUUAGGGUGAAUCGGGUCAACUGUUAGAUUGAUUAUGAUCUGAAUUUAGGGGGUUUCACAAGUGGUUUUGAGUUCUUUCAAGAUUCAAGUUGCCUGAAGCAGUAUACACUGUGCCUUAUCACAGGAUAGAAGGGAGCAGACAACUCAUAGCCCAUCUUAAUCCCACUGUAAGAUGAUGAAAACCCAGUAUAAUGUUGUGAUAAAGGGAAGAAAAUAGUCUGUUCCGUAUCAAACAUGCACAAUUCUGUAUUGAUGCCAAUGCCAUCAUUUUAUCUGGUGCUGACGUGAUUAGGCUGAAGUCACAGUUGUACUGUAUUUGUAUUUAUAAAACCAUUUAUCAUUAUGUUUUUAUGGCAAAAGUUUUUUUUUUUUUUUGUAGUUUCUUGAAUGUUCCAAGAGUUUUUCAAAUUCAGAUUAGUUGUGGAUCUUAUUUGGAUUUUUAAAAUAUUUAUUCCAGUGUCAUGCUGAAUAGUCUGAGUAGUGAAUCAGUGCUGACUGAGCCUUUUUUUUUCUUUAAAGCAUUUUUCUGUACUUAAAACAUGUCAGGAUUAGUCGCACUGUCACUUGAGGACUUUUUUUUUUUUUUUUUGAGGUAUACAAUUUUCAGUACUGAGUAUUUUGACAUAAUGGUUUGGUCCAACAUAAAAUUCAGCAUUUAACACUUAUUAGUUCUUGUAAUUUCUUUGUUAUUCUUAAUGUUGUAAUUUAUAAUUCUGUUCAAAUUACAUUUGAUGAAAUUAUGAUUUCAAAUACUUUUGGAAUAUACAAUUUUGAUCUUGUAACAGUAAAUCAUUUGACUGAAAUUAAUGAAACGGUUUUAUUUUUUUUAUCUAGGUUUGAAUACUUGGAAUGUUGAUAGAAUGCUUUAAUAUUCCUUUUGUAUACAGUUCUUAAUGUAUGGUUGUAAAGGAGACUGUAGACAGUAACUCAUUUCUUAGUGUUACAAACCAAGCACUUCAGGUUUUACUAAUUACAAGUCACGCUAGGCCAAGAAAACACACAGAGCCAGACAGAUUAAAAAACAAAAUGCUAUUUAUUGAGUUACGACUACACUGUUAUCUGACAAGUUAAAGUACAUUUAUGACAUG